AUGGGCAACUUGCCCAGCAGCAGCGGCAACAGCAACAGCAGCGGCAACAGCAGCAUCACCAGCAGCGGCAAUAUCACCAGCGGCAGUAACAGCAGCAGCAACAGCAGCAGCAGUAACAAUAUCACGAGCAGCGGCAACAGCAGCAGCAGCAGCGGCGCUGCUUCGGGCGACGCCUCUGCUGAUAGCGACAAUGGCGGCAGCAGCAGCGGCAUCAGCGGUGCAGGGGACGAGGGCGUCGCGCCUUGGAAUGUUACCAUCGGCGUCAACGCCACUGCGGUGAACCUGACGUUUGAUGACUACUUCAAGUGGAACGCGACAGAUCUGGGCGGGAUCCCCCUGCGGCCGGAGGCUCUCGCUGACAGCAGCAACAGCAGCCGCAGCAGCAACAGCACCAGCAACAACACCACCACCAGCAACAGCAGCAGCAGCAGCAGCAGCAGCAGCAGCAGCAGCAGCAGCAGCAAGACCAGCAGCGGCAUAACGGUCAGCACGGGGGCGCUGAGAGGGGUUGUCAAUGCACCCAACGCCGUGGUUUUUCCUACGACGGACGAGGGUUCAGCAGUUGUGCCAGCCGGAGACUCUUGGGGUGCGGCGUUCGCACCCCUGUCCGCCUGGGUGACGUACACACACGACUGGUCUGACGCUAACAGAUCGUCAGUCAACGUGGUGUUGACCGGGUUCGACUUCCGACGAAGCGAUGCGUACGCUGGUCUGAUCGACGUCAAGCUGCAGCUUGGACAACCUAGGCUGCCGGCGCCGGUGCCCGCGCCUGUGGCGCCGGUGCCGGCGCCUGUGGCGCCGGUCGUGACCCCCGCGCCAAUCAUCCCGGCCGCCCCGGCAGCGCCCACAGUGCCCGCUGCCAAUGUGGCGGUGCCGCCUGUCGUGACGCCGGUCGUUACGCUGACGUUUGAUGACAUCACACCUGGGGCCUCUGGGGAGUCUCCCUUGGCAGCCUACCGCGACUUUUCCUUUUCCGGCGCGCUCGCCGUCACCGCCGCCGCGCUGCCCGCCGUGCUGCAGACCGGCAUCAACUCCCAGCCCGUCGCGCUCACCAACGCCCCUGCGCUGCCGGGCCGCGGGGACGGCUCCCUCGCUUUCACGGCGCCGCCAGGCGGCGCAGGGUUUGCGCCGGUGUCCGUGAUCAUGACCCAAGAUCUCGACGCCGCCCUCGCCGGCACGCUGGGGCUGACCCCCGGCGGCGAAGGCACAGUUUUUGUCACCUGCUUCGACGCGGCCGGCGCGCGGCUCGGCCGCGGCGCCGCGCGGCUGCCGGCGGGGCAGGCGAACAGGGUGUCUUUCCCUCCAGAGUGCAGGGGCGCGGCGCGCGUCGUGAUCGCGCCCGUGAUCAGCAGCACGCGGGUGGUGAUCGAUGAUCUGGAGUACUACGAUCUGGGCGCGCGGCGGCGGUGA